AUGGGAAGUACAGUGACUCGAGUAGCCUGUGGAAGAAACCACUCGUUGGUAGUGAUUGGUGGACGGUUGUACCCUUUCGGCCAGAAUGCCAAUGGGCAGUUGGGUAACGGUUCUGCGAUGAAUCAGCCGCUCCCUCGGCAAACGGAUGAACUCGAUCAUGUUGAAGCCGUAUUCGCUGGAUUCGACCAGACCUUCAUUUUACGAUCUGUUGAUACGCCUAUAAUGACUGCCGGGCCGAAUUGCCCUUUGAAAACUCCAGUUUUUCUCGACAAGGCUAAAGUGCUCGAUCUACUUGCUCGACAUGAGAAGCUCGAUUUAAUUGGACUCCUCGAAUCUGUUUUAUCGUCGGUAAACUGUAUAAAUGGUUCAUUUUUGUUUGAAGACGAGCGACAUUUUCUGCAUGGAGAAAAAGUUUGUGGAGUGAAUUUGGAUGACGUGAUGGAGACAUUCGGUGCUCUCGGUGAUUCAUCUGAUGCCCGUCAGUAUGCCGAAUUGAUCAUUGAGACUUUGAACAUGUCUGUCUUUGCGGACGACUUCAAUCCCUCGGCGAUGGCAUCAGUAGAAGCUCUU